AUGGGUAGUGUUGAUUUUAUGGAGGAAUAUUCGGAGGGUGGAGUUAGUGGGAUUGAGAAGAUUUCUCGUAAUGUUCCACAAAUUAUGAAAAAUGGUUGCAGGAAUUUAGGAGUAAUGGGCUUGGGCCCAUCUGAAGUGUUAUCCAAAGAGGAUAGCCCGAUUCCAAGCCUCAUUACAAGGCCAUUUAAUGGAAAGACUAAGAAAGGGAGGAGGAGAAAGAAAACUGUCGAAGUGGUCAAACUAAGGGAGGAGGAGUUUGUUCCAAGCAGAAGGAAGAGGCAAGAUUCAGAGGUGGAAUUUGAAGAUGAUCAUGGGAGGAAGAAGCUUCAUGUUCAGUUGAAUUAUCAGACUGAGAUAUCAGUGGAGGCUGUUUUGACAGUCCCGCUGGGAUCAAUAAAAAUCCUUAGAUGGAAUUCCAGUGGGCUUGGAACCCACGUGGAAUUCCUUCGAGACCUAGUCAAGAAGGAAGCUCUGGAUAUUUUGUUCCUGCAAGAAACAAAAUUAAAAGCUCGUCAGAUGAAUCAAUCUAAGUUUCAAAUUGGUUUUCAAAAUUGCUUUGUUGUUGACUGUGAGGGUCGGAGUGGUGGUCUUGCCAUGUUAUGGAAGUAUGAAAUUGACCUUACAGUUUUAAGUUUUUCAAAAUUUCAUGUUGAUGCAAAGAUUACAGUUGAUGUUGUGAAUAAUUUGGAAUGGUUCCUCACGAGUGUUUAUGGAUGCCCAUAUACUUCUCAUAGAUGGGAAACUUGGAAUCUUAUCAAGUCUUUAUGUCAUAGAGAGGAGAAGGCUUGGUUAGUUUUUGGGGACUUUAAUGAAAUACUCACUUUAUCUGAGAAAUGUGGGGUUAGAAAUAGAGAUGAGAAGCAAAUGGAAGAUGUUAGGAUUAGGGAAGGGAAUGAGGGUAUCAGUGAGAGUUUGGAUUGUCUUAUGGCUAAUUCAAAGUGGUGGGAUUUGUUUCCUAAUAUGAGUGCUACUCAUAGUGUGGUUGCCUACUCAGAUCACUUGCCUUUGUGGAUUGAUACGGAUGAAGGUCUGGUUUAUAAUUUUGGGAAGAAAUUGUUCAGAUUUGAAGCUAUGUGGGUAGGGGAUAAGGAGUGUGCUAAUAUCAUUGAGAAAGGGUGGAAUAAUGUUGGUGGCCCAAAUUCUUUGUAUGAAAUAAUGGGCAAAGUCUCUAAAUGUGCUGAAGAUUUGACCUUAUGGAAUCAGUCCAGAUUUGGUAAUGUGCAGAAGGAACUCCAUAAUGUAAAACUGAGGUUAAAAGAACUUCAAGAUGCUGAUCCUACUUUUUUAAAAGUUUCAGAGCAACAGUUAGCACGAGCCGAGGUACAAAAAUGGUUAGAGAGGGAUGAAAUUAUGUGGCAACAAAGGUCUCGAGCUCUCUGGCUAAAAGAGGGUGAUAAGAAUUUUAAAUUUUCUCACUCAAAAGCUACCAUUAGAAGAAAGAAGAACAAGAUCCUAAGAUUGCAAGAUGACUUGGGAAGUUGGAAAAAGGGACUCAGAUGGAUGCUCUCAUAA